AUGUCUGUCAUUACGCACGAUCACAUAUCACGCCUGGCGGUGGUCUUCCUCCAUGGCCAAAUGCACCCCGGCGUAGUCCUGGAAAAGGUCAACUUGCGGUCUCUCGAAUACGACAGGAAAGCGCUCCAGGUGUACGUGCGUGAUGACGUGCUGCAACUGUUCGCCGCAGUAAUGCCUCUCGACGGGCACUGUCACAUGCUCCACCUCGCUAUCGUCAAGGUGCAUAUCUACGCCGCCAGUCACCAUGACCAGGUCAACCUCGAGCAGAUACAGCAGACUCUGAACCGUGGAGGGGGCCUACCACUGGCACGAUCUUCGUAUCCGCUUGUUCAUGAGCUCAACAACUACAUCACUCGGAUCGCGGAUGACGACCUACCUCGAAUCAUCAGGCGCAUGCAGCUUCGUGCGGAAGUGUGGCAGGAGCAAGGUCUCCAGCAAAAUUUCGCUGCUUCGCCGCCACGGGAGGAGGGAGAAGUGCAAUCGGAUAACUGCCGUGGCUUCCACCUCUCAUAUCGCGUGGGCGUCCUUGUCUGUGUAUCAGAGGUUACCCAGUACUCCUAUCGUAGAAACCUGUCGAGCAGGCUGGACCGAGGAGUCGACCUCGAGGCGCUGACGGGUCCCAAGUUCAACCUCGAGGAUCUCCGUCUGUACACUCGGCAUCCUACUUCAUACCAGCAAUGGAUGAGGGAGACGCAACUCCGGCCAAAUCCGCUGAUGGACCUUCACAUCUGGAUCCACUUGGACCAGAACCUGACGAGCCAUGUCCUGCUCGAAAUGCUUCAGGUAGAAGUCGACGACAUCCAGCAAGCCCUCAUCUGCCCGAGCCGCGUCACACACCGGGCUUUCGAGGACGGCGCGUUCUACGAACCCAUCACCCACCAAGACGCCGCUUUGAACGGCGAGAAGGUCCUCGCAGCGUACUGUGUCCAGGAGCUUCGCUGCUGGGCCGACAACCCCAAGGGAUUCGCUCAGGCUGUCAUGCAGCGGGUCCAGUACAGUCACGUCCCAAGAGCGCCGGGUGUCAUGAAGUCGUACAAAAUCAUCAUCUUCGCUCACGCCAGCAACGCGGUCGAUCCUUAUGACCUCUUCAACCUCCACGCGCAGGUCGUUGGGACAGCGGCGCGGGUUCAGCAACGUGAUCCCGUGUACGCGAUGUUGGAUUUCGUCAUCAAACCAGCGCUGGGGUACUUUGCUUUGGAGAGGAGUAAGGGGUUGAGGAGUGAUGUUUCUGGGAGGGGUGGGGUGGUUGAAGUGUAG